CUAAUUAUAUGUUUAAAUUUUGUUUUUAAGGUACUAUGAUUAUUUAAUAUGACUGAGUACAUUAGGUAAAUUGACAAAUCACCGAGUUUUUGAUGGAAUUUAAUGUUGCAGUGGACAAAUCUUGAUCAAAAACAUGCAUUUCGAUAAAGCCUUAUUAUUUCUGAAUAAAACCUCAUUUUUGAGGCAAAGCGUGAAAAAUUUUCAUAUUUGCUGCUGUACGACAAGGAACACCAAUAAAAGAAAUGGGAAUUCUUCUGUCACAUUAUUCAAUCAAUACAAUAGACAAUUUUCUGUUACAACUUCAAGGAAUAUAUGGACUCCAAAUAUAUGGCCUUUCAAGGACCCUCCUGUUCCAGCACUCCCACCAGGAUUCACUGAAAAUGAAGUAGUGUCGUCAACAUUACCUAAUGCUGAUUCAGUCGCAAGUGUCGCUUCUGUGUCAGACUCUGUUACAAGUACUGUUACUGCAGAUCCUGGCGUUACAGAAGUGAUUACCGGUGCUAUUAUUGAUCCUCCGUUUAUUGAAUUAGGCCUUGCAUCCAGUUGGUUUCCAAAUCAUCUGGUUCAUCAACUUUUGGAAUUUGUUCAUACCUCCACAGAUUUACAAUGGUGGAGUACUAUUAUCAUUGGAACAUGUAUUAUCCGAAUUGUCAGCAUGCCUCUAUAUAUUUACACAAGAAAAUAUUCUGUCAGAUACAACAAUCACAGGGAGGAAUUGGGAGAAUUAACAGAAAAGGCGUCGGCAGCACAAUUGGAAGGGGGUAUGAUGCAACAAAUGGUAGCCAGACAAAAAUUAAAAGACUAUUAUAAAACAACCGGAACUGGACCUAUUAGAGGUUUUUUCGUCAAUUCAUCUAUGUCGGUUCUUUUCAUCACAUGCAUCACUGCUCUUCGUCAAAUGUGUGCCACUCCUGUCCCGUCAAUGACGGAGGGUGGGGCUUUGUGGUUUACGGAUCUAACAUCUGGUGACCCAUAUUAUGCUUUACCUAUUCUCACUGGUGCAGUGGUCGGUCUCACUUUGAAUGUUGCAUUGAAGGCAGGAACGAUGCAGCGUGCAAGUGCAGUUGCAGGUGUCAUGAAGAAAUUACAGUAUGCACCUAUUGUUGCUUUUCCACUGCUUUUUGGGAACAUGUCUUCUGGUGUCUACUUGUAUAUACUGACGACAAGUACUAUCACCCUUGGGAUGCAACGGCUGUUAGUUGAACCUCGAGUCAAGAAAAUGUUGGAUUUUCCAGAAUUCAUUCAAUCUGAUAAGAAAAAACAGACUUUAAGGCAAAUGAUCAGAGAAUACAACAAUAAUACUAAAGAGAAAACAAAUUUAAAAGUGAAAUUGAAAACGAUAAAGCAUGAAAGAAAGCAGAGAGCGAAGGAUCUAAAAAAGGAACUAAAAGGCAAACCACCCGUUACAUUUACUAUUGGUGUGGAAGCCAUGCCAGUCAAAGCAGAAAGCCUGAUUUUGAAAGAGAAUGGCGACCGCCUAGACCGAAAGUAUUUGGCAUUUAUUGAAAAUAGUUUACCAAUUUAGUGCCCUCCAUUAUCUUUCUUUCCAAUAAAUAUGAAAACAAGUUCUUCUACCAACUUAUUUACAUGAUGCAGGGUUAUAUGCCCAGGGGUGUGCAACCUAUAGUACAGGAGCGCCAGAUACAAAUAACUGGGUGAAACCGCGAGCCGCACCUUUAUUUGACAUAAGCUUUUCAGUAGUUGCAGGCACAAAAAAGCAUUGUAGCGUCAUAGGCGUAGAUAAUAAAUUGGUUUUGGAUAUGGGCUUCGUAACUCAAUGAGAUCGCUCGCAAGUACCAGAUUCAAUUGAAUUAAAAUCUAAUUUCGCAGGCCCAGACACCAUUCAAAAUUGGUACUUGCUCGCGGGCCGCACAAUUUUUCCUUGCGGGCUGCAGGUUGCACACCCCGGGUAUAUGGUGUUGAUUAGAGCGAGUAUUGAAGUUGACAAAAUUGAAAAGUUCAAAAAAUUGUGGUUUCUUUACCUUCAAUUGUUGGUCAACUAACUACAUUUGAAAUGAUCAUCCCAUUGAACUCUGUUUAUGUUAUGAAUUUUUGAUAAUAAAAAUUGAAUACAUUUUGAAUUCCCAA